CUGACCGCUUUAUAUCUGGUUUCCUGGUUUUUUUUUCUAUCGCUAUCUACCUCGCGCUCCUUCAGUUUAGUAUUGGGGUAUUUAGCUUGCAUUGUUGCACUUACCGCAAAUAUACUGCAAACCGGUUGUUUGUGAUGAAGUUUUAAACUCCAUCGUACGUUACCGCAGAGUUGGCUCGCGGUAGCGGAGAGAGGCGGACGCCGCGCGGGGUCGUGUUACUUUGCGUCUUGCUUUUUAUAGGAGGAAUGGGGUGAGAAGUGAAAUGCCAACUGUCUGGAAACAGAUCGUGUUCUCCUUCGCUUCUGUACUCAGCAUCGGUUCUGUGGUACUUCUGGUUGUGGCGCUGGCCACGGAACGCUGGAUCACCGGAACCACACUGUGUCAGACAGGAGUGGAUCUGGUGAACGCGUCUAGUCCAGAGUUCGAGCAGUUUACGGGACACAUUUACUACGGGCUCUUUCAGGGCGGGAAAACACGAAGAUGCGGGCUCGGGAUCCGCCGCUCCAAAAUAUACAUUUUCCCAAAGCUCAUCAAAAAAAUCAACAGUGGUCUUCACAUGAUCAUAAUUUUCUUCCUUUUCAUUGCUAUUAGCUUUGCAGUACUCAGUUUAGCUUUCUGUAUAUAUAAUGCCAGAAAAGUUCCUUACCAGUCUAUUAAAGGACCUUUUGGCCUCUACAUCUGGAAUUUCAUUGCAGCUCUGUUCAGUGCAAUGGGCUUUGCAUGUUUCCUCGCAGCAAUCCAGUGCCAUCAGCUCACAGAACAUGUGGCUAACUACCGUGAGAGUCUUUUUACCCUUGUGAUCCUUGAGGAGAAUCUUGGUUUCUCCUUCUGGUUGUGUGUUGCCAGCGCUGUAACACACGGAGUUAACAUUCUUGUAGUAGCCUCCAGUAAAAUUCAUCUUCCUAAAAUACAGACUAAGAAACCAGAGGAACCCACAGCCACUGGAGAUGAUUUUCUCUACUGAAGAAGGAUGAGCUGAAUGCAGGUCAGAGAUGAGGCUGUGCAUAUGAGCCAAACAGAGUGUUUAUGUGACCCUACAUCUACUAUACCUGAAGUGAUUCAUUAGGUGAUAUGAUGUUAUGACUACAGACUGUGGUAGUCAUACUGAAUCUGUGGUUUCUAUUACACAGCUUUAUUAUGUGGCAUAUACUUAAAAGAAAAAUCAUUUCAAUAUGCUGUUUGUUUUGGAGGACAGCAAAAUGUUUUUGACUGACACAGGUUAUGGACAACUGCAGGUUUUCCAA